CUCCUUUGGAUCUGAUUCCUCUAGGAUCUGUAUAAGUUUAUUUCUUUUAUAAUGGCUGUGUUUCUUCUCCAUGGUCUCGGUGAAACACACACAUAUCUGUGCCUGCACAAUAUGUUAUUCAGAAACUCUAGAGCUAUUAAGCAUUUUGGUGGUUAUUGUGCCCAUUCCCUACAUGCCUAAAUCUUCAGUUCCUUUCCAUCUGCUGCAGGAGCAGCAGCAUCAAGUAUGCACAAGGUCAUUCAUCUUUCCUUUCUUAAUUCGUGGAGGAAAACCAACACCUUUCUUCACUUGUUUGCUAGCUUUUAUAUUUUGUACAUAUAAUGGGUAUUUGCAAGGCCGGAGCUUGAGUAACUAUGUGGAAUACCCUUCAAACUGGCUGACAGAUCCACGUUUCAUUUUAGGUGUUAUAGCGUGGAUAAGUGGUCUGGCAAUUAACAUACACUCUGAUCACAUUUUGAGGAAUCUCAGAAAACCAGGAGAGACAGGCUAUAAAAUACCAAGAGGAGGAAUGUUUGAAUAUGUAACUGGAGCAAACUAUUUUGGAGAAGUUGUCGAAUGGUUUGGAUUUGCUCUUGCCUGCUGUACCAUACAAAGUGCUGCUUUUGCCAUCAGCACACUUCUGAUACUGGCAUUACGGUCAUAUAAGCAUCAUGAGUGGUACCACAAAAGGUUUGAAAACUACCCGUACAACAGGAAAAUACUUAUUCCAUAUCUAUUCUGAAUUCCAAUUCACAUUCUCUGCUGCCUCUGAAUAAUAACUGCUGCUAUGGAAGAAGAAGUUGCCUAAAUAAAUUUGGGUGCUAUUGUGAAAAAUAAAUUUUGGUUAAAUGAGUUCUUCUGCUAUUGUGGAAAGAUGAUGUUGGCUAAAUGAUUUCCAGUAGAGAUAAGAAAGGACCUAUUUUUGGAAUGUAAAUAUUGUGCUACCCUGUCUUUGAAAAUAGUUAUCCCAGAUCAAAAAAUUAAGUGAUAUGUGAAAAGGCAAAGAUUGUCUUAUGCAAGCCUCACGUUUUUAGAAGUGAAAGACUUGUAAAACAAAUAAAGGGUUUAAAAAUGCUGAUAAUUAUACAGAUUGAGUCUCCGUUAUCCGAAAUGCUUCCACCCAGAAGUGUUUUGGAAUUUGGAGUUUAUUAGAUUUUGAAAUAUUGGCAUAUACAUAAAAAGAUAUCUUGGAGAUGGGACCCAAGUCUAAACAUGAAAUUCGUAUAUGUUUCGUAUGCACCAUACACAAUAUUUUUAAUACUUUAGUGCAUGAAACAAAGUUUGUGUACAUUGAACCAUAAGAAAGGAAAGGCGUCACUAUCACAGCCAACCAUGUGGACAUUUGUGGAUUUUUGAUUAUUUUGGAUUUCCGAAUUCCAGAUAAGGGAGACUCAACCUGUACAUAAAAAGGGGCUAGAUCAGGAAAAGUUUCAUGUAGUUAAAUUAGUGUUCAAUAAGACUUCUUUUUCCCCACACGUUUUUCUCAGUUCUUUUUCUGAAAAUGAAUGCUUUUUGUGUUUUCUUAACAGUGUUCAGAACACUAUGUUCAGAAUAAGUCACACUUCUUAAACUAAGGGAUACGGAAUUUCUUAGUGUUUAGCUCCACUUGUAAUAAAUAUUUAAAAUGUUUAAAAGUGAAUUCAGUUUAAAAAUUUGCAAUUGAAUAAACUAUAUUUUAAAUGUACUGUAUCCAAACAUAAUUUUAGAAGAAAACAACUUAUACAUAAUAUAGCUUAGGUGCUAAACUAGUAAAGUGGUAAUCAUUAUACAGAGUUUGGAAAAGAAUGUAAUGCAUUCCACACCUACCCAAAUUUUGUCUUAAUAAACAGGGGAGAAAAUUCUAGAAGUGCUACAUCUGUAUUCCCUCCUCAUUUUCCUGGAUGGUUUCAAGUGAACCUGAACAGGCGAGAGGAGGCAAGUGAUACUGUAGGAGGGUAGAAAUUAAGGAGAGGGAGCUGGAAAACAGAGGAAGGGUUUGUGGAUUUGGCUGUUCCACUAACUAUUCCUCUACUUACCUCAUUGUGAAACCUUGUUCCGGAAUCAGUUUGCUAACCCUGAAGACAAAAAGAAGUAGCUACCUGUUAACUUUCUGAGUUUCUCUUACUGCCCUUCCUCCGGAAGAAGGGCAAGAACAGUUAGCUGGCUUCAAUAGGUCCGCAGAGAGCAGGUGGCUGAGGCUAUUAAUUGUCUUUCCCUUUCCAUCCUUUAAACAUGUGCGCUGGUUUUUAUGGGAAACUUAAAAACAUCAGCAGCAACAGCUGCUGCCACCUCCUCCAAGGUUUCCUGAAAUUAUCAGCUGCUAUACCAGAACCUAUGGUUUAGAGAAAUAACUGUCAGUGGAUAAACAUUUCUUGAUAUGAUGGCAUGUGCCUUCCCCACUUAUUUUGCUAUUAGUCCAGAUGAAGCAUAAAGAGAUGGGCACUAACAAAAAGAAAAGAAAAGGUGGAGCUUCCCCAAUAGUCUAGAAAGUCAACUGAAAUUCUGCUUCCACCUUUUAGUGGAAAAACUGAAUGAAUCAGGUGGCCUUUGUCUAGAAGUAGUAUUUGUCACUGGAAGUUGACAAGAGGCCUUGAAAGAUGAAAUGCAGCAGUUGCCUUUCCAUGAGAGCUGAAAAUUUCUGACAAUGUAAAAUAUUUUCAGUAUUUCUUGAGUGACGCUGAUUGCUCAAAACCACUGUAAAUGACCCAAUCCAUGCGUAUCUGGAAAUACUCCCACUGUAAUCAGUGAUAUUUACAAGUAAAAGGAUGCAAGUUUGCAGUCACUGUUCACUAUUACAAUGCGCCCGCGUCAUACGUGGAUUUCAGCAUAUUCUGAAAACCGUGUGGGGUGCAAGGGGUGGCA